CUAUGUAAGACAAGAUAAUCAUUAAAUAUCGUAUAUUUUAAAUUGCAAUUCCAAUCUUUGGGUAUUUCGAGUAUAUGUUAAUAUAUAAUAAUACAGUAUUAUAACAUUUUAAGCAAAUUAAUAUCUUACUGAAAAAAAAAAUCAGAAUAUAGGACGUAUUCAAUUAAUAUUCCGCCAUUAAUGUUAAUUUUAUUUUCAGGUUUGCUGAUGACGAUGUUACCAUUCGGCAUCGAACCACCGGCUUCAGGGUCAUGCUUCGAAUGCCGGCUUUCGUUCGAAUGAAUCUGGCAUCGCUGGCAGCAGUCAUAAUGACGGCAGCCAUGUGCAUCACUUGCAGCAGUGGUCAACAGCACUUUGACUGCCCCCUGGCUCAACAUCUGAGUCCAUGCACCUGCAUGGAGCGGGCGCAAGGAUUGGACGUCACUUGCACAGACAUCAGCUCCAUCCAGCUGCGAGAGGUUCUUGAUGUCGUUGGAUUAACCAGACAAACAUUGUGGUUCCUAAGAAUCACUCGCGCAGAGCUUUCGAACUUCCCGAAGCACCUUCUGGAAGGUCUGGAUAUCCGCAAUCUCAUUGUCGUGCAAUCGAACAUCAGCGCCAUAGAACAUAAUGCUUUUGUUGGUGAUCCAUCGCGAGUAGAAUCAUUGGAUUUGGCAAGAAAUUGUUUGGACCGAGUUCCAUCAAGAUCUCUUUCAGUUUUAAAAUCCCUGGCAGCCCUUAGUUUAGAUUACAAUUCCAUCGAGACUCUAGAAGCUCAUGUAUUUAGCAAUUUGGAGUCUCUUCUUUGGCUAUCACUAUACGGAAACAGAAUUAGACUCAUAGACAGCCGAGCAUUUUUAGGUACAGAGGCCAGUCUUACAAGGCUCAACUUAGGCGGUAAUCGCCUAGGCCAAGUGCCUCGGUAUGCUCUUCAAAGGUUAAAUUGUCUGCAAGGAUUAAGACUGCAUGACAACAACAUAUCGGAGAUUCUUGUUGAAAAUCUUCCUUUUUCUUUGUGCGAUCUCGACUUAUCUGGAAAUGAUCUAGUAAACCUUGAGCAGGAAUCUUUCGUUACACUGAAACAUUUAUCUGCUUUGGAUUUGGAGGAUAAUAGAAUAAGAACUAUUCACGAAGAAGCAUUUAGUGGCAUAUACG